UAUUCCACGGGAAACAUGACGUCAGCUCGGAGGACACAGCACACCGACACAGCGUCCGCUGACUUCCACCUGUCCCUACCCAGCAUGCCGUGCGGUGCCUGCACACCCCGCCUCUAUGCGGUGACGUCUCCCCGGGCUGGACACGUGACGUGUCGGUGGCCUCAUCUUUGUUGUGUUGGUUGGCUGCUGAGGGAGCGGAGAGCCCGGAAUAGGGAGCCGGGGCUGUUCUGUCAUGAGGGCUGGAUAACGACACUGCUACGGUAUAGGAUUUGUGAGGGAGAUGGUUUGCGCGUCACCAUAAUGAAUACAGAAGAGAAACCACUAACAGCCUUGACGACCAACCCGGAGGAUGGAACGGAGCUUUGCAGCCAAGCGGACACAAAGAAGAUUACUUUACAAAUGGCUUCUGAUGUGAACGAGAACAAAUUAAAUGGUGAUAACGAGCAGUCUUUGACGGAAAACGAAGAUAUUGAGCUUGAAGAUAAGGAUGUCCAAGAUAGUAUCAAUAAUAAUGAAAGCUGCAACGUGAUGUGUGGUCAGCUUAGUUGUAAGAAGGGAUGUGAAGAUUAUGAUCACACAGUAAUGGACAGCUUGGCCUCCGCUCCCUUUUCCACAAAGGAGAACGCCAUUACUAAAGGCAAACGCGUGUCUGGGAGGCGCAGCCAUAGAUAUAAGAAAAGCAGCAAUGGAAAAUCCACAGGUUUUCCAGCAGAUGCCGAUGUAAUGCUUUCUGAUGACAAUGGAUUUGUGGAAUCUGCCCAUGACUUGGCAACACUAGAGUUAAGCGUCACCAAUGAACCCAGGAAUCAAAAGCAACUCAGAGAUUCUCUUUUUUCCCUUAUCAAAGACGGGUUUGAACAAAAAGAUGUCAGGAUGCUUCCCACGUGCCUUCACCAGAUUGCUGAGACCUAUUUUCUGGAGGAAGACUAUGAAAAAGCAAUGCAGUUUAUCCAACUGGAACGAAUAUAUCAUGAGCAACUACUUGCAAAUCUGUCUGCUAUCCAAGAGCAAUGGGAAAGAAAAUGGAAGACAAGCAACCCUGUAUUCUCAACCUCAUCCCAGAAUUCAGAGAAAGGACUAAGCAGUCAAGAGCUUAAAAGACUUUCCACUUUGUGUAGCUCACAUCAAGACCCUCAAGCUGUCAAGUGGAAGGUUUCAGACAAAUCAUUGCGUAUUCAGAGUCUCCCACAGCUAUUGGCAUCGGCUGAGACAUGUGACAUAGAUGGCUCAUUUACUGAUUGUCCAGACAGAGAAAGUGAUCCUGGCAGCAAGACGGCAACAGACAGGAAGCCUGGCGUGGCAGUUAUGAACUUAGCGCCCGAUGUCAGCGCUGCAAGCUUGAUAACCAGAGGAGAAGACGACCAAGCUUUACACAGUCAGAGCCACAAAGAGGAGAAGCAUCUGUCCAUCUCUGGAGCAACCUUGGAGGUUCACACCCAACCUACAGGGACAGAAGGCAGGGCUAAUCCUGACAGCAGCUUCUCUACUGGGGAUGCUGGGAAGAAUAACAACCUCCUGCAACCAGAAGCAACAGUGAACAGCAGUAAUGUGUCAGAAAUAGAAACAUUCUCCAAGGAGGGAGUAGAAGAACAAGCGGAGAGCCCAAUGGUAGACAAAUUAAUUUCCGCAGCCACAGUUCACUCAGAUUGUGUUUCUUCCACGCAGGAUGAUACUACUGGAGGCAGCCGUUCUUUAGAGGACUGUAGUCCUUGCACAGAAGACCCUGUCACUAGGGAUGAAAUAACGGAUAAAAAAUGGAUUAUUCAUUCGGACAGCAAAACAGGUGAACUAGGACUAUCUUCUGAGAGUGGUGCUGAUCAGAUAUGCUCCAGGGAGAGUUCAAGCAGGGCUCAGCAUCAAGCAGCAGUUGAAUUCAUUGCAAGUCUCUUAAACGGGGACCUGAAAGACAGCGAGAGUUUCUUGUCUCACUUGGAUUUCCAGGAAGAGACGUUUUCUGAAGAAGAAAUGUCACCAAGCCCAGGAGAGUCAGUCUUGGGGGAUAGUUUCCUUUCACUGGAUGAAUUGGCAAAGAGGAUAGAGAUAGAAGAGGUAAGCCCUGUUGCUGGUUUGGUGUCCAUACUAAAGAAGCGUGAUGGCAGUGAGGGAGACCAGACUUUUCAGCCUUUACAGAAACAGGCAAAGAGGAAAGUGCGGUUCCAAGAAGCAGAAGAUGCACUUGAACAAGAAGACAUAAGCGGAAGCUCCUGCAUUUUGCUCAUUGCCCUCUGCAUUGUAACAGUGUUCCUCAGCAUUGGUGGCACCGCUUUAUACUGCACAUUUGGAGAUAUGGAUUCCUCUGUUUGUAAGGAUUUUGCGGCAAACGUGGACUUCUACUAUACUCAGGCAGUACAGGGAAUAGAAGAAAUAAGGCAUUGGCUGUUUGUCACAUAGUUGACCUGAACCACCUGGUCUGGAAAGCUUUUGUGGCUACGGACUACCACUACAGCUUGCAAAAAACAAAAAAAACAUGAACUUGGAUUACAAUCCAACCUGCCUAAUGAACAUUUCAAUUGUAUUUUAAAUAUUAUAAAAGAAGAGUCUAUGGCUGAUUAUUUUAAAAGAAUAUAAAAAUAGACUGAGCAAUUCAUAGUGGUGGGAAAACGGUACAGAGACAUCCCAC